AUGUCACGAAAUAGAGACAAAUUAGGGAGAUUUGUAAAACAACAAAUUGAAAUUUUAGAAAACUCUCCUAAAUCGUCUUCUUCCACUCGUUCUCAUUCACCACCAUCACCCAUACUUCCUGCACUUCCAAUGAUGGCUCAACAACAGGAAAUCCAACCAAGAACGCUACAGGAUUAUCUACAUCCUACGCGUACGGCCACACCUUCAUGCAUAAUGUAUCCCAUGAAUAUGCCCAACUUCGAUUUCAAACCUGGCAUGAUUCAACUUUUACCAACCUUUCAUGGUAUGGAAAAUGAGAGUCCAUAUGUGCAUAUUCAGGCCUUCGAAGAGGUGGUGGCCACAUUCAACAACCAAGCUGACAUCAUUAACUUGGUGAGAUUGAAGUUCUUUCCCUUCUCACUCAAGGACAAAGCCAAAAGCUGGUUGUAUUCCUUAAGGCCAAGGUCUAUUGGGACAUGGGAUGAGAUGACAAAAGUAUUUUUCUCUAAAUUUUUUCCACCCCAUAAGACCAGCAGCCUUAAGAGGCAAAUCUCUACCUUCACCCAAAAGGACCAUGAAACGUUUCAUCAGGUCUGGGAGAGGUUUAAAGAUUUGAUGGGCCAGUGCCCACAUCAUGGAUACGAAAGUUGGCGUCUUGUCAGCUAUUUCUACGACGGUCUCACAGCCGACAAAAGACAAUUCGUACAAAUGAUGUGCAAUGGCGACUUCCUACAGAAAGAUCCCGAAGAAGCUUUGGAAUAUCUUGAAGAAAUUUCUGAAAAAUCAUACACAUGGAGUGCGCCAAGUCCUACAGACAAGCCACGAACAGCCGGAGUCUACCAAUUGAAGGAGGAGGACAGUGUGAAAGCUCAACUUGAAGCUUUGAAAAAACAAUUUGAGGCUUUCAAAACUCAAGAAGGUAAAGCACUCCAGAUUGCUGCAAAAGUGGAAAAGCAAGAACCAUGCUUCAUUUGUGGAGGGACUGAUCAUCAACCCCAAGAGUGCCCUAGUCUUAGUAUGUUAAGGGGAGGAGAUGAGGAACAGUGUAAUGCCUUAGGGGAUUACAAGAAGCCUUAUAAUGCCUACUCUAACACAUACAAUCCUGGUUGGCGUAACCAUCCCAAUUUCAGUUGGAAGGAUACAAGUCAAAAUCAAGCAUCUGGGAGCCAAUGGAGGCCUGAUCAACAAAAGAAUUUUCUUGAGAGUUCCAUGAAAAUUCUCGCAGAAUCCCAACUAGAGUUUAGGACUUAUUUCACUCAGGUGAUAGAGGAAUUGAAGGACAUAAAGAUUCAAAUAACAAAGUUAAAUGAUUCUUCAGUCAUUCAAGAGCGUGGUAAGCUUCCCGCUCAGCCUCUAAUCACUCCCAAAGGGCAACAUAUGGCACAAACUUCUGCUCCUUCAGAGUCUAAUCUCAAAGGGGUUAAUGCUAUUACUACCCGAAGUGGUCAAAGUACGGUAUCACCAUUACCUAAGACCACUAGUGUACCAAUGCCCGCUCCAGAUGCUGAUGUGCCACAGAACCUUCCAGUAAAGGUGCCCUUUCCUCAGGCUUUGAAAUCCACUGGAAAGGUACUGGAAAGUCAUAGCGAGAUCCUUGACUUUUUGACACAAGUUAAGGUUAACCUACCAUUACUUCAUGUAAUCAAGCAAGUACCGGCUUAUGCCAAAGUUAUCAAGGAUCUAUGCACUAUCAAAAGGAAGCACCAUGUCAAGAAAACUGCAUUCUUGGCAGAACAAGCUAGUGCGGUGAUCGACUGCAAGACACCGCUUAAAUACAAAGAUCCUGGUUGUCCCACCAUUUCAUGUCAAAUAGGGGAACAGGAAUUUGGCCAAGCCCUCCUGGACUUAGGUGCAAGUGUAAAUCUCAUGCCUUAUUCCAUAUACUUGCAACUAGGCCUAGGAGAACUUAAGCCCACAUCUGUGGUGCUACAAUUGGCCGAUCGAUCAGUUAAGAAACCUCGGGGAAUAGUUGAAGAUGUCUUGAUUCAAAUUGAUAAAUUCUAUUAUCCUGUGGAUUUUCUCAUCUUGGACACUCAAUCUGAAGUCAACUUAGAGUCCAAAAUUCCCAUCAUUCUCGGACGACCAUUCCUCGCAACAAAGAAAUGCACUCAUCAAUUGUAG